AUGACAGACUCUCCCGAAAAGGCAGACACGCCCCAGAAAGACCUCGCGCAGCUAGAAAAAGAGCAAGAAAAAGAAGACGCCGCCUUCCUCGCCAACCUCACCCGCGACUCCAAAGAAUUCGACAAGGACAGCGAAAUCGAGCGCAUCCGCGCCGCUUUCCGCGUAAAUGCCUACGACGUCCUCGACUUGYAACCCGGAGUUCCCGAUGAAGAUAUCCGCAAGACAUAUCGCAAGAAAUCCCUCCUGAUCCAUCCCGACAAAACCAGUAAUCCUCACGCGCAAGAUGCAUUCGACCGCUUGGCCAAAGCCUAUCAAAUGCUGCAGGAUGAGAAACAGCGGGCAGUACUGGAUGAAGCGAUUGCGGAUGCUCGAAUGCUGGUCAUGAGAGAUUUGGGAUUGGGCAAGGAGGAUGAGCGGGUCAAGGAUCCGGAUACGGUGUUUAUGGGAAAAUGGAAGGAGAAGACCAAGUGGGUGUUGGCGGAUAUGGAGGCGCGAAGGCAAAGGCAGAUGAAGGCGCAGAUGCAGGAUGAGGGUAGAAAGCAGAAGCAGGAGGAUGCGGAGUUGGCGGAGAGGAAGCGGAAGAGGGAACAUGAGCAGGAUUGGGAGAAGACGAGGGAUCAGAGGAUUGGGAGCUGGAGGGAGUUUUCCAAGAAGACGGAGGAUAAGAAAGAGGGCAAGGGGAAGAAGAAGAAGAUGAAGACGUUGGGUUGA